AUGUCGAAGCUUUUCAUAGGCGGCCUAGCAUGGCACACCGAAGAGGCCACUCUGCGCCAAAAGUUUGAGGAGUUUGGCGUGGUUGAGGAAGCGGUGGUUGUCAAGGAUCGAGAUACCGGCCGCAGCCGUGGCUUUGGUUUUGUGCGAUACGUACAAGAAGCUGAUGCCCAAGCUGCCAUCACCGCUAUGAACAAUGUCGAGUUUGACGGGCGAACUAUUCGUGUUGAUAAGGCAUCCGAUAAUGGUCCCCGUGGCGGAGGAUUCGGCAAUCGCAACGGCGGAGGGUAUGGAGGCCGAGGCGGCGGCGGCUACGGAGCACCGCCGGGACCCUAUGGCAAUGCACCACCCCCUGGUUACGGCGUUCCCAACAUGUACCAGCAAGCUCCGUAUGGCCGCGGUUACCCACAGCAGCAGCCUCAGUACGGCAUGCCUCCGCAAGGUUACGUCCCAUCGUAUGGUGGCUACCCCAAUGUUCCUCAGCAGCCACCACAGCCUCCCCCCCAGGGUGGAGGCUAUUAA